AUGUCAUUUUUGAAAAAAAAAAAAAAAAAAAUUAAUGGCAUUUUCGUAAAUUAUAUGAACUUGUGGGGUGAAUAGGGCAAAACCAAUUUUCAAAAAAAAAGGAGGUUAGUUUUGUGUUUGACUUUAAAUUGUAGGUCAAUUUUGCAAAAAUCCCAAUAAAAUAAUAGAGAAGUUAGCAUUUCCGCUGCCUUUAUUAUUCCUCACUCUUUAGAUUGUCACCAAGUUUAGCUGAGUUCCAAUACUUUGUGACACACCAGCCUGGUCCCUUAAAGCCCAUCAGGUAACCCAUUUAAGACAAGAUGGAGAGAGCUAGUCACUUUCCACAUAACCUGCGUAUUUGCGUAUUUGGCAUGAUGAUAACUUCUUCAUCUCCAACCUCAAAUGGUUUCUCCAAGCGAAUAUUUUCACAACACUUUUUCGGAAUACCCAUGAUAGACAGUGCUACUACCCAUCUGCAGUCGCUGCGUAAACCACUCUCCUUUUCAUUCAAAUAUACACCUUUUUCAGCUUUCAUAAUCCUGUGACCAAGUCCAUUCCUUGUAUGUCUACAACCAUCCAGAUUUCACUUCUCAUAUUCGAGCAUGUCUUGCUCUAGUUAAUUUUAGUAUUUUUGUUAACAAAAAUAUAUUCAUCUUUUCAUUUUAUUUUGUAUUUCUUUAACUCUAAAUUGUGACCGCUUCUUCCAGAGUUGAAUUACAAUCCGAAUAUCACGGUUUUUAUUUGCCGAUUUCGUAAAUAAACCCACAGCUAGACAAAAUUGGCUUCACAACAUAAUGACGCCAAUCACGUUGAAUUGAUCUUUCGUUACUACCAUCCCAGACAGCGAAACGAGGUCACGUACUUUAAAAGUCUUCUCUUUUUUUUUUUGGUCAACAAACUCUUGUCUUAAUAUUCCACAAAAUCGAGUAAAACGAGGUCUUUCCCUUGACUGCAAACAAAAGAAAAACUGACCUUUCUACACUCUCCACACCAUAAAUUAAGCUGAAACUUUCUUAAGAACAAAUACAAAGCCAUGUUCGUGAAGCUCCUCACCAUUGUCUUCUUCAGCCUACUCUCUCAGUUCCCAGAAUCCUCUUCCCAAGCUCUUGACUUCACGUACAAUGGCUUCCUUCCUCCUCUCACCGACAUAUCCCUCGAAGGGAUCGCCACUGUCACGCCCAACGGUCUCUUGAAGCUAACCAACUACACCAUCCAGAAAACAGGUCACGCCUUCUACACCAAACCAAUCCGUUUCAAAGAUCUUCCAAACGGCACCGUUUCUUCCUUCUCCACAACUUUUGUCUUUGCCAUCCAUUCCGAGAUCCCGAGCCUUAGCGGCUACGGCAUGGCAUUCGUCGUGGCUCCUAACCCAAGGCUCCGUUACGCGACCGCAAGUCAGUACAUGGGUCUCUUCAACAUCACAAGCGACGGUAAUGUCACAAACCACGUGUUCGCUAUAGAGUUCGACACGAUCCAGAGUCCAAAGUUCAGUGAUACCGACGAUAACCAUGUUGGAAUAGAUAUCAACAGCUUGAUAUCUGUGGAGAGUUCGCCAGCUGGGUACUGGGACAUAAAAGGCCAGUUCAAGAAUCUUACUUUGAUAAGUCGCAAACGGAUGCAGGUUUGGGUUGAUUAUGAUACUCACACCCAUCAGAUCGAUGUAACAAUGGCUCCGUUCAGAAAUGACAAACCUAACAAACCGCUUGUUUCUGUCGUCAGAGAUCUUUCUUCGGUUCUUUUGCAAGAUAUGUUCGUAGGUUUCUCUUCUGCCACCGGUUCCAUUCUGUCCGAACAUUAUGUUCUCGGGUGGAGUUUCCGGGUGAAGGGGAAUGCUCCACCGUUGGACUUGUCAAAACUUCCCAAACUUCCGAGGUGGGAGCGGAAAAGAAUAUACAACAUCUUCAAGACUUGGAUGCCGUCGGUUUGCAUAUUUUUGAUUCCCUUCUUGUUUAUUUCCACGAUCAUCAUACUCGUCCGCUUCGUCGUGAAGAGGAGGAGAAAGUUUAAGGAGGAGCUCGAAGAUUGGGAAACAAGGCUUGGGAAGAACCGAAUGAAGUUCAAGGACUUGUAUUACGCGACCGAAGGGUUUGAUGAGAAGGACGUUCUUGGAUCCGGUGGGUUUGGAACUGUGUACAGAGGUGUCAUGCUGAAGACAAAGAAAGAGAUCGCUGUGAAAAGAGUCUCGAGCAAAUCCCAUCAAGGGCUGAAAGAGUUUGUGUCUGAGGUAGUGAGUAUCGGUCGGAUGAGUCAUCGGAACUUAGUCCCUCUCCUGGGUUAUUGCCGCAGGAGAGACGAGCUUCUUCUGGUGUACGAGUACAUGCCUAAUGGAAGCUUAGACAAGUAUCUGCAUGAUAGUCCAGAGGUAACUCUGGACUGGAAACGGAGGAUUAAAGUCAUCAAAGGUGUGGCAUCCGCCUUAUUCUACCUUCACGAGGAAUGGGAACAAGUGGUGAUUCACCGUGACAUCAAAGCCAGCAACGUCUUGUUAGACUCGGAGUAUAAUGGGAGACUCGGGGAUUUUGGUUUAGCUCGAUUGUGCGGUCACGGGUCAGACCCUCAAACCACGCUAGUUGCUGGAACAUGGGGAUACCUAGCCCCUGAUCAUGUCAGGACAGGACGGGCCACUACCGCUACCGAUAUUUUUGCGUUUGGGGUGCUCCUACUAGAAGUAGCAUGCGGUAGACGUCCUAUCGAGAUUCAGAACGAGAAUGGUGAUCAGAGGGUCUUUAUCUUGGAUUGGGUUUUUGGAUUUUGGAAUGAGGGGAACAUCUUGGACGCCAAGGACACGAAGCUAGGGACGGAAUAUGACCGAACAGAGGUCGAAAUGGUUUUGAAGCUAGGUUUGUUGUGCUCACACUCCAACCCACAUGCUAGACCAACUAUGAGACAAGUGUUACAUUAUCUCAUGGGGGAUGCAACAUUACCAGAUUUGUCGCCUUCGGACUUGCGUGGGAACGAGAUGAUGAGGUUGGAAAUCCACCAGGGACUUAGCGAGACAGGCAUGUUUACAUGUGGGUCUUCGAUGGUUAAUUCUAUAGUCUCCGCUUCCAGUGGGAGGUGAAUUUUAAAUAUCAGAACCUUUUUGUGUCUUACAUUAAUUGUAGAAAACAUCCCCUAUCGCCACGAGAUGUGGGACCUUGUUGUACGUUGACUUUGAAAUAUAUGAAAUUUUAUGCGUGAAA